UGUGUGCGGAGGGGCCACCAAACGGACGCCGCUAGGCCGGGAAGAGGUCGAGAUGCUCAGACCGGUGGCCACUCGUACUGACAGAAAGCCUCAGGACUAGCAGCAGUCGCUGCAACUGUAGAGCAAGGGUGCUGGGGGGCGUGGCGUCCUGGGUGGAGGCGUCCAGCUCCCCCAAGUGCAGGGGGCAGAGCGCAGGGGGCGGAGCGAGCACAGAGGGCGGGGGGAGCACAGGGGGCGGGGCGGAGCCGGCCGGGCCCUCCUGGCCCCGCCUCCUGGUCAGCGCUCGGGCGGCAGGCGCGUUGUUGGUUUCGGGUUGUCAGGCAGCAGCGGAGCCGGAAGAGCGACCUGAGGAGGUGACCAUAGUGGAGGUGCGUCUCGGCCAUGCCAGCUGUCGCGGCCUGAGGCUCUCUACCUACCGCAAUCAUGAAGGACAGCGGUGACCCAAAGGACCAGCAGCUCAUGGUGGCACUUAGGGUCCGGCCCAUCAGCGUGGCUGAGUUGGAGGAGGGAGCCACCCUCAUCGCUCACAAGGUGGACGAGCAGAUGGUGGUUCUCAUGGACCCAAUGGAGGACCCUGAUGACAUCCUACGGGCACACCGGUCCCGAGAGAAGUCAUACCUCUUUGACGUGGCCUUUGACUUCACUGCUACCCAGGAGAUGGUGUAUCAGGCCACCACCAAGAGCCUCAUCGAGGGCGUCAUCUCAGGGUACAAUGCCACUGUGUUUGCCUAUGGCCCUACAGGCUGUGGGAAGACCUACACCAUGCUGGGCACUGACCACGAGCCAGGCAUCUAUGUUCGGACCCUUAAUGACCUGUUCCGAGCCAUUGAGGAGACCAGCCAUGACAUGGAAUAUGAGGUGUCCAUGUCCUACCUAGAGAUCUACAAUGAGAUGAUCCGGGACCUCCUGAACCCGGCCCUGGGGUUCCUGGAGCUGAGAGAAGACUCCAAAGGGGUGAUCCAGGUGGCCGGAAUCACCGAGGUAUCCACCAUCAACGCCAAGGAGAUCAUGCAGCUGCUGAUGAAGGGGAACCGGCAGAGGACACAAGAGCCCACAGCUGCCAACCAGACAUCCUCCCGCUCCCACGCUGUGCUCCAGGUGGCUGUGCGCCAGCGCAGCCGGGUCAAGAACAUCCUCCAGGAGGUGCGGCAGGGCCGCCUGUUCAUGAUUGACCUGGCUGGCUCCGAGCGUGCCUCCCAGACACAGAACCGGGGGCAGCGCAUGAAGGAAGGAGCCCACAUCAACCGCUCUCUGCUGGCCCUGGGCAACUGCAUCAAUGCGCUAAGUGACAAGGGCGGUAAUAAGUACAUCAACUAUCGGGACAGCAAGCUCACCCGGCUCCUGAAGGUGAAGCAGAACUUGCUCAAUGUCUCCUACCACAUCGCUCAGUACACCAGCAUCAUCGCCGACCUGAGAGGCGAGAUCCAGAGACUCAAGUGCAAGAUUGACCAGCAGGCUGGGCGGGGCCAAGCCCGGGGCAAACUGGAUAGGGGUGACAUCCGUCAUAUCCAAGCUGAGGUACAGCUGCACAGCGGGCAGGAAGGGCAGGUGCAGAUGGGACAGCUUCGGGAGCAACUCAUCAGCGCCUUCCACGAGCAGAUGGAUGUGCGACGGCGCCUGCUGGAGCUGGAGAACCAGGCCAUGGAAGUCCAGAUUGACACCUCCCGUCACCUACUCACCAUUGCCGGCUGGGAGCACGAGAAGUCACGCCGGGCUCUCAAGUGGCGGGAGGAGCGAAGGAAGGAGUCCUACACCAAAGACGACAGUGAGAAAGACUCGGACACAGGAGAUGAGCCAGAUAACCUGGAGCCACCGGAAGUGGCCGCAGCCCGGGAAAACAUCGCCGCCCUUGUGGGCGAACAGAAGAAGCUGCGCAAGGAGAAGCUGGCGCUGGAGCAGCGCUGCCGGGAGCUGCGAGCGCGUGGCCGGCGCCUGGAAGAGACGCUGCCGCGCUGCAUCAGCUCGGAGGAGCAGCGCGAGGUGCUCAGCCUGCUGUGCCGCGUGCACGAGCUGGAGGUGGAAAACACCGCGAUGCAGUCGCACGCGCUGCUCCUCGACAGCGCCCUGCGCCACCGCCGCGAGGCCGUGCGCCGCCUGGAACAGCACCGCAGCCUCUGCGACGAGAUCAUCCAGGGCCAGCGACAGAUCAUCGACGACUUCAAUCUGGAGGUUCCCCGACACCUGGAGGAACUCUAUGAAGUCUACUUUCGGGAACUGGAAGAGGGCAGCCUGGAGCGAGCCACCAUCAUGGACCGCGUGGCCUCCAGAGCCCUGCAGGACAGUUCCUUGCCCAAAAUCACUCCAGCAGGGACCACACUGACCCCAGACUCUGACCUGGAGAGUGUGAAAACGCUGAGUUCUGAGGCCCAACGCCCCCAAAACAACACCCUACCCCCACUUGGCACAGACAAUGAGUCCUACCACGUGUUCAAGGCCAGUCCCAGGGCCUGGCAGAUGAAAAGCUCCUCUGUGCCUACUCCACCUCCCAUCCAGGUGGGCAGCCUAGUGGCCCAGGAGGCCCCACCACAGGACAGCCUGGGCAGCCAGAUCAACUCUUCCCCAGACAGUAGCGAGCACCUGUCAGAGAUCCUUCUGUCCCAUAAAGAGAGGAAAGAGAUCCUGACACGGACCAAGUGCAUCUCCGUGAAGGCCGCCCAGCGGCGCUCCCGGGCCCUGGGAACGGAAGGGCGCCACCUGCUGGCACCUGCCACAGAGCGCAGCAGCCAGUCCCUGCACUCGUUGAGCGAAGCUGAUGAUGCUCGUCCACCCGGUCCACUGGCCUGCAAGCGGCCACCCAGCCCCACACUGCAGCAUGCUGUCAGCGAGGACAAUCUAUCUAGCAGCACGGGAGAGGGCCCCUCCCGGGCGGUAGGACCUAGAGGUGAUGGCACUGGGCCCUGGGUGCGUGGCCAGAAGAAAUGCCUCAGCAAAAAAAGGGAGGAGUCGCUGGAGGCCAAGAGGAGGAAGCGGAGGUCUCGGUCCUUCGAGGUCACGGGACAAGGGCUGUCCCGUCCCAAGACACACCUACUGGGACCUCGUCCCUCGGAGGGCCUUUCAGAUCGCCGGAUGCCAGCGUGUGGACGGCCAUCCCCUGGUGUCAGGCAUCUGGGAAAAGUCUCUCUGCCUCUGGCCAAGGUCAAGUUUCCUCCAAACCAGAAUACAGGCUCUGGAAACCCUUCACCCCUUCUUGUUCCUCCCAACCAAGCUGGUGUUUCCCGCAGAGCUACGCGUGGGCCCAGCCUGCCUCAUGGCUCAAGCACCUUUGGCAAAGAUGGACGACUCCAGCAUAACUGAGGGACCCAGGCACCUACUAUUCUGAACCCCAAGACUGAAGGGUGUAGCAGGGACUGGGAGGUAGAAGCUGGGCAGAUGGGGAUCCCAUGGAGCAAGAGCUUAGAGGGCUGGACUCCCAUGACCCAGAGAUGGUAGAACUGCAGAACUCUUCCAUGUUCACCCUGCCACUAAAAAGGGAGAUGAGUCCCAGAGGCCCAGCUUCCCAGCCCGGGACAGAACAUUGUUGCCAAAAACUUGUACAGACCUGGGGCCAGUCUCGGCUUCGGCAAUAGGGGACAGGAGCUCUUAGUGAGAUGGGACUCCCGGGCCCACCCCUGGGCCUGGCUGAAGAUGGGGUGUGGGGAAGGAGUUCACAGGACUUCACGUAGGG